AUGAUUCCUGCGUUAAAAAAUGAUCAAUCGUUGCAAGAAUCGAUUCCCCAAGGUUUAUUAGAUCAGAAGUACGAACAUAUUUUAUUUAUUCGAAAGGCUACAGUAAAUGAUAAAGAAGAAAUCGUUUUAGCUUCCGAAUAUUCUUUAUAUUUUUUUACUUCUAAGACAUUUUCAAAGCAACUGCAGGUUAGGUUAUCAUUUACAUGGGAUAAAAUCAAAUCUAUCAAUUUACCGGACUCGUCUACGAUUAUUUUAACCUAUAUUGAAAAAGAAUUAAAAAUUCUUCAUAAGGAUGCAGUACAAAUGUUUUAUUCAAUAUUGUUGCAUUUGAAAUCGAUCUUCAUACCAUCUGAAAUGCCUCAAGUUGAAAUAAAUGUUAAACAACCAACAGGAAUUACCCCAAACUCUUCACCAAUGCUAUCAAGAUAUAUUUACCUUGCUCGUAAAAAUAAUAUAGAGAUUGCUGCCAAUGCUUUAACUGCACUAAAAGAAGGCUCUGUUUUAGUUCGGAAAUCGGAAGAGAAACAUAAGCAAAUAGAACUAGAUUUAAGCCUCUUUCCUGGUAUCCAGAAUCAAAUGUAUAUUUAUCUUAAAACAGCUGAAAUAGAACCUUCAAUUCAAAAAAUUAUUAUUCCAAAAACGGGAAAACCGAAACCAUGGACCUCUUUAGUCCCACAUUUCCAAAGUAAUGACACAGUUGAUGGCGUAAUAUGCAAAGAAAUCAUUUCUGAAGAUUUUAUUGAAGUUGUUGAAGCAAUUUCCAAUAAUUCUAAAUCCAAAAUCAAUAGUUUCACUUUCCAAGACACAAGUUUUACUGAAGAUUCACUUAUUUCCAUCAUAAAUCUAAUUAAAAUUAAGAAUAUUGAUUCAAUUUCAAUUUUAUCAUCGAUUGAAGCUCCACAGUUCGAAAAAUUAGCUCCACAUUUUGCAGAUCAAUCCAUAAAACUCAGUUCUUUGAAUAAUUAUUAA